UCCAAUCAGGACGAUAUGGAAGCAAGGGCAGCCAUACAAACAUACAAACAAAAUCAACAAAAAUGAAAAAAAGUGAGUCAUCAAACUCCCAACUCCAAGUAGUGAGUGACAGUUGCACAGUAAGUAAUGGUUUUAGUAGUAACAAGACCUUUUUGUUCCUCUUCUUUACAUGUUCCCUUCGAUCAUCAUUUCCAUUCUACAAAGACAUACUCAACACGAUUCGUCGUAGUUCGAUGUACUCAGAGCAGUGUUCAGGAGAUAGAAGAGAAUGUGGAGUUAUUGGGAAACUCAGUCUUGUUUCCUCCAUUGAAAGUGGCAAAGAGAGUUGUGCUUGUUAGACAUGGACAGAGUACAUGGAAUGCUGAAGGGAGGAUUCAAGGUAGUUCUGAUUUUUCUGUUCUUACUAAGAAAGGCGAGUCUCAGGCUGAGACUUCUAGACAAAUGCUUCUCGAAGACAACUUCGAUGCUUGUUUCGCCAGUCCUUUGGCACGAUCAAAGAAAACCGCUGAAAUCAUUUGGGGAUCUCGCCAACAACAAAUUAUUCCUGAGUAUGACCUAAGGGAAAUCGAUUUGUACUCCUUUCAAGGUUUGUUGAAGGAAGAGGGAAAAGCGAGAUUUGGUCCGGCUUUUCAUCAAUGGCAGGUGGAUGCUGUGAACUUCGUCAUUGAUGAUCAUUAUCCUGUGAGAGAGCUGUGGGAUCGUGCUAGGAGCUGCUGGACUAAAAUCCUAGCUCAUGAUAGCAGGUCUGUUCUUGUGGUUGCUCACAAUGCUGUUAAUCAGGCUCUUGUUGCCACAGCAAUUGGUUUGGAGGCAGAGUACUUUAGAACUUUACUUCAGAGCAAUUGUGGUGUAAGUGUGCUGGAUUUCACCCCAAGAAUGGACGGUGGCUCUCCCCAUAUUUGCCUCAAUCGGUUAAAUCAGACGCCUGGUUCACCUGUUGCCGGAGGGAAAUCUGGAGGUAGAGAGGCAAGUAAGCGGAUCGUACUUGUUUGCAACGGAUCUACUCAAGGAAAUACAGAGGACGGUGUUCUUUUUGGUGGUGAUCAACCAUUGAACAUGCUUGGUGUUAUACAGUCUCAGAAAUCUGCAGAGCUGCUACUUGAUUUGAAAGUGAGUUCUGUAAUUAGCAGUCCAAACAAAUCUUCCAUUGAGACAGCCAUGGCCAUAUCCCAGGUACAAGAGGCUGCAGAUUGCUUGGGUGCUGACUGUGUGCCACGCUAUGUUGAGACGAAGCAGAAGGAGGAUCUUGAUAUUGAAACUAUAUUUAAACAAUCCAAAAAGGAUGUAUCCAGUUUUCCUCCAUUUCAGCCUGGAUGGUUAAAUAAAGUUGAAGAUGAAUUCAGAACAGCAUUAUGGGAUCAAUCGGGAAAAGCCUGGCAAUCCCUUUUGGAUGAAAUAUCUGAUGAAUCUAGAUCAGGAGACGUCGUCGUUACAGUUUGUCAUCCUGCGAUUCACAUAGGACUAAUGGCACAAUGUCUUAACUUGACCAAGGAAUGGCUGGGAUCAUUUCACCUCGAUGCUGGGAGCGUUAGCGUCCUCGACUUCCCCGAUGGCCCUAAGGGAAGAGGCGUAAUCAGGUGCAUAAAUUAUACGGCACACUUGGGAAGAUGGUCCAUCCCUAUUACAAGACCAACAGAGGACGCUGAAGAGUUUUAACUGUAAAUUUAUGAUUCUGAAAUGACACUGAACAAUCAGUUGUAAAUGUAUGAUUUGAGGCGUGAUAGUGAAACCGAAAUCUUUCAGGGUAUGUGACCUAAAUGCAUUCGUUUUUCUC